AAAUCUAAAUAUGUCAGAUCACAUACCUUUGGAAAUCCAAUCGGAAAUCAUGAAGAGGCUUCCUGUGAAAUCGUUGCUUCGAUUUCGAUCCAUCUGCAAAUCAUGGAAGUCCCUGAUCGAUAGUUCUGAUUUCAUUGCACAUCAUAGCAGCCAACAGCAACAUCUGCUUGUAAGUUAUUAUGAUAAUGAUUAUGAGCAAAAGUAUAUUUCAAUUGUUGAUGAUCAUACUUUUCCUCAACAGAAAGUUUUCCUAACUGUCCCUGUGUCUGUUAAGAAGAUGCUUGAACAUCAUCCUAGGAUAAUCAGCAGUUGUCAUGGCUUGGUGUGUUUGUACUGCGAUAGUACUCGCAUGGCUGUUAUUUGGAAUAUUUCACUUAGAAAAUCAGUUGCUGUUGUUGUACCUGCAAGUAAUGCAUAUAAAACAGCUAUAGGUUUUGGGGUUUGUCGUGAGACUAAUGACCCUAAGAUUGUCAAGAUUAGAUAUAUUGGCUGGUGGAGGAGUGUGGAUAUCAAUGCUACUUACAUACCUUCGCAUGUUGAGGUUUUUACGUUAAGUUCGGGGGCUUGGAGAAGUCCAUUUGGCAGCAAUCUCCCUAGAACAUCAUUUCAUUAUUAUCACGAUGAUGAGGUAGUUAUAGAUGGAGUUUUUUAUUGGCUUGCUACUAAUAGCAACACCAUGUUGAUUGUUUCAUUUGAUAUGACAAGUGAAGAAUUCAGAGAAAUAACCUUACCAGAUGAUUUAUCACAAACUCAUUCCAUGUCGUAUCUAGGGAACUCUCUUGUUGUGUGUGGAUACGAUAAACAUGCCAUUUAUACGGGUUUAUGUGUAUGGACGAUGAGGGGUGGUGUUUCAAACUCCUUUACAAAGCUAUUCACGAUCGCCCCAAAUGAAUAUCCUAUACUAAGGGGGUUUCGGAAGAGUGGUGAGCCUAUAAUUGCUAUUCAAGGAGAACACCUUGCUGUUUACAAGCCUGACUCAAAACACAUUGAUUUUGGGAUUGAUGGAGUAGAGUUCUUAUUUAAAGUGUAUCCCUAUGAGGAAACAUUAUUUCUGCUUGGUCAACCCGAUAAUAUGGUUUAUAAUGGCAGUUGAAAGUGGAGAGCAAGGUAUAGCGAGAUUGAGGUGCAAUACAAGAUGAUUUGGUUUCAUCAUUUAUUAAUGGGCAUGUCCUUCAACCAUCUCAAGUUUCAGGUGCAGAAUGUAGGUCAUUCUAGGUUUAACCACAAGUUUUUUGCUUAUAGCUAGAUUGGAAUGGUUAACUGAAAAGAACAUGUCUUUUA